CACUCCGCUGGCAUGGUGGAGGAGCGGACCUGAUUAUUGUGAUGGUGGCAGGCGGCAGCGCUCACUACAGACUUCCGCCACUGCUUCCCUAUCCGCGUUUAGCGCCUGUGUCUGGGUUUACACUGUUGCCUCUAUCGGACUACCGAGGGCGCCUGUGUGCUACUCUCAACUACUCAACAACAUCUUCCCCGGGAUUUCUUUCAAACCAAAACCAUAUGAAAUGCAAGUUCACUGGGAAACUCCGGAGCCCGUUCGGUUCAUGCUGCAAAACUUUUUCUCAGAGGACCGCGCGGAGGAGCGGAGAGGGGACUGUUGCUGCGGCUGCCUCCGCUGCUCCUCAGCGGGACAGGGCGAGUGCCUCUGACCGCUGACUGCCUCUUUACGCUCACACUUUGCGUUAUUGUUGUUUUGUGUCGGAGUUCGCGGCGUGGCAGCGGGUUAUUGUCGGGUCGUCUCCGGAGCUCUACUGGGCUUACUGGCUCUGUGUUAAAUGUGUUUUUGGGGCGGUUUAUUUGAAAAUAGAGACAGGACUGAUCAGUGCUUCAACAUAUGACUGUAGCGCACACAGCCAUUUAAACCCCCGGCUGCUGCUCGCUUCAGCGGCUUGUGCUUCCUUCACUGUCCGGUUAGCUGUAGACCUUUUCCUGCGGAGGAGCAGGAGGACACACGGGGACAGGGAGGACACUUGGAGGGGGAAGUGGAGAGGAGCUGUCCGCUGGAGGAAGAGUGGAGGCUGGAAGCGUGAAGGGGAGAAAAGUUCUUCCAAAAUAGCCGCCACUGGGCGCAGAGAUGGGGGACUUUGCCUCCCCCGCUGCCGGAGCAAACGGCAGUAUCUGCAUCAACAACAGCCUGAACAACAGCGUGGUGGCCCCGGGGCCGGUGGUGGGGAUCCCUAAGCACAGCACCGUGGUGGAGCGGCUGAGGCAGCGGAUAGAGGGAUGCAGAAGGCACCACGUCACCUGCGAGACCCGGUAUCAGCAAGCGCACGCCGAGCAGCUGGAGAUAGAGCGGCGGGAGACGGUCAGUCUGUACCAGCGCAGUCUGGAGCAGCGAGCCAAGAAGUCUGCCCCGGGGAGCACCAAACAGCCCCAGAGCAAGCAGCUAGAGGCGGACUCCGCUGUCUCCACGGAGCAGAGGAAUAACACGCUUAUAGCGCUGCAGGAGACAGUUAAGAGGAAACUGGACAGUGCGCGUUCGCCCCUCAAUGGGGACCAAAACGGCAUCUGUGAUGGAGGCAGCUACUCCCCUACCACCAAACGGGUACGGAAGGAAGGAUCUGGUCUGGACUCUUUAACGGGCCUCUCUAACAGUAACAACGUCCCUCCCAUUUCACCUUUACAUCAUCAAAUGGACAUUAAGCCUCUGCUCGGUGGGCCUAACACUUCAACGGGAAAUAGCACUACGAACAGUAACGGGAAUCAUGUAGGCAGGACAUCCGAUGAGAUGGGCAAAAACGGUGGUAGCCAUCUUCCAGACAUGAAGCUGAAUGGGUCUUUAGACUUGGAGGAUAGCUUUGGCCUCCUCAAAGACUUAAAACAGGAGCCAUUGGACGACGCGGGUGGCAUGGAGGCUUCUGACCCACAAUCAUUGUCCAAUCAGAACAAGCUCUUUUCGGACAUCAACCUCAACGAUCAGGAGUGGCAGGAGUUGAUCGACGAACUAGCUAACACGGUGCCUGAGGAUGACAUGCAUGACCUCUUUAAUGAGGACUUUGAGGACAAGAAGGAGCCGGAGUUUGGACGGACAGCCAAUAAUCAGACACCAGGCCCACAGGAGGCGGGGACCCAGAGCACAGCAAGCGGGACGGGGUCUACAGCGCCUCUCCCGCCUCCUCCCCCCCAGGUCCCUAUGGGCUCUCCACAGGUUCGACCAUCAUCUUCGGGUCCUCAGUUUGCCACCACAGCCAACGGGACACCUCCUCAGCAGCCUCUGCAGCAGUCUCCGGCUGUUGCCAUGGCGUCAGGCUCUCCGCUGCACAACUGUGUGGCUCGAUCACCUCAGACCCCGACUCAGGCUCAGACUCAGGCCGGGUCCCGUCCGGGUAACGGGUAUAUGAUGAACCCAGGCCCGGGUGUAGGCUCGGCGGGGCCUGGGGCGGGGGUCCCUCCUGGAGUUCCAUCUGUGGGACCAGUCACUCCUGAACUGUCCCCAGCGGAGCAGCUCAAAGCCUUGGCCUCCCACAGAAACAAACUAAUGCAGCAGAAGCAGCAGCAACAGCAGGCGGCCAACUGGUCUCCUGCGGGGGCCCCUACCAGUCCUUACUCCGGACCCUUUAACCAGGACAAACCCAACAGCCCCAUGAUGUACCAAGCCUUUAAUGCACCACAGGGCCCCCUGGUGGCUGGGAUGACCCCCAACAAUGGGCCCAAAGCUCCCAUGAACAACUACCUCCCUCACAACCACAUGGGCAUGAACAGCAUGAACCAGAACGCCCUGUCCAAGCAGCAGCAGACCGCAGCCAUGUUGUCCUACAACAACACCAAACCGCUCAGCCAUUUCAGCGGCAGUGGAGUCGACCACAUAGGCCAAAGGAUGACCCCUCCCAUGGGGGGCAACAGCCAAGUCAAAAACCCCAUGAUGCCCCCUUACAUGGGAGGGGGCGGAGGUGGGGGCCAGGGGUCAGGGCCAGGACAGACACAAGGGCCAAUCCCGGGACAGACGGCUCACCUGAGCGAGGAGCAGAAGAGGAUGAUGCUGAUAAAGCAGAAGGUGCUGAACCAGAACAUGCCGUACAGUGGGAUGCAGCCACAUGGACAGGAACAAGGAGUGGUGGGAAUGUCACGGCCGCCCGGUGCCAUCCCGCCUCCUCACCCUGGUGGAGGUGUGGCCUCGGGGGUAGGACCCAACCAGGGAUCGGGCCCUCCUCCAGGCUACGUGGGCAACCAGCAGCAGGCCAUGAUGAAGCAAAUGAUGGCCAUGGAGCAGGAGAAGAGAGUCCAGAUGCACAUGAUGGAGCAGCAGAAACAGCAGCUCUUCAGGGAGCAGCGGCAGCAGCAGCAGCAACUCCUGGCUGAACAGCUUCAACAGCAGCAGCAGCAUCUUCCGCGGCAGAUGGGGCAGGGCCAGAGGAAUCCAUACCCCCAAGUCAAUCAGUACCAAGGGCCUCCCCAGGAGCUGGCAUCGCGGAGCCAGGCCCUCCAGAACAUCCGUGCGGCGCGCCUCCUGCAGCAGCAGAACCAGCAGCAAAUGGUCCAAAUGGGACCAGUCCAAGGCCAGGGGGGCUCCGUGGGACCUCAGUCUGACAUCGGCCUACCAUACGGCAACCAAGGAUCUAAUCAGGGGUCUCUCUACGGACUCAACCCCAACAUGAGCCAAAUGAUGCACCAGCAGCACCAAAGCCAAGGUGUCCAAGCCCCUAUGGGACUUUCAGCACAGCACAACCCAGCGGCGGGGCCUCCUCGGCAGGCAGGAGCAGGACCUGGAGUAGGGGGCAUGCCUGGAGGUCCUGGAGGUCCAGGAUACGGAGGCCAGGGAAUGAUGAUGCAGCCGUCCCUUAAAGGACCUCCCAAUGCCAAAGCACAGGCACAGAGACUGCAAAGCAUGCUGGGAGGCGGAGGGGGUGGAGGUGCAGCCAUGGGGGCGGGAGGCUGGCCGCAGCAGCAGGGCCAGGGGCUGGUGAGCAGGACUACAGGAGGGGACAUGGUGGGCUUCAGCCCAGCGCAGGGCUACAUGCAGCCAGGACAGCCACGCAUGGCUAAACACUUUCAGGGCCCGGGACAAGGCCUGAGCCAGGCCAUGGACCCGCGGGUGGGAAACCCUGCUGCUGUAAUGGGCGGCCCCAUGAUGGGUCCUCACAUGAGUGGCCAGCCCAGGACCAACCAGCCGCGGCCCAUGGUCAUGAACCAGGGCAUUAACCAAGGGGUGAUGGCGCAGGGCAUGAGCUCUAUGGGAGGGUUCGGCCCUGGGGGUCCCAGUGUUGGGGGCGGAGGUGGUGCGGGAGGGCCUUACGGACCAGGGGGUGUCGGGGGUCAACCUCAGAGUUACCAGAGGACACCCAAUCAGGACAUGUCACAGAGUUACCAGAGGACACCCAAUCAGGAUAUGUCGUCGUAUGGUUAUGGGGGCGGGCCCUCGGGCGGGGCCGCCUUCGGUCUUGGCGAUGGCUCGGGGGCAGAGCUGGACUCGAGCGAUGGUUGGAUGGAGGAGUUUUUCCCGGGACAAUAGCCAAAGGGGAAAUUAGAGUUUUACUGGACAAACUAAACAUGGAACAUGACACAGCAAGGACAGCUCUUGGCAUGUUUUUGUUUUGUAAAACAUGAGCUAGUUCAGAUGAGUUCUGUGUACUGUGUGUGAGAGUGAGUGCUGAAGAAAGACCAUUCUGUCUUGUGCAUUUAAAGUAAACCCAUAUAGAGAUUAAAGGUGUGUUCCAUUAGCUCCCUUCCUGUCUUGAAAUGAAUUAUUCUUAUGUUUAAAGCAAUGCCCGUUUAAACAGUGCUUUGAGCCAGAGCUUCAGCGGGGCUGAUUGAACAUCGCAGACUGAUGAAGGGGAAGGAAAACUUGUUCUCGAGACAACAAUUUAUUUGUGUUUGUGUGUUUGUGCCACCCGGCUCCGUGCUUUAGAUCUCUCAGCUAUGUGAGAGUAGAAAGCACUCUCAACGCUCCCAUUUCCUCUGUCAGAUUUGUGUGGCGAACACACACCACUCAAACGUGUCUUUUUCACUCUGUUGUCUUCACUUGAUCUUUCUCUCUCUCUCUCUCUGUCAUCCUCUCUCCUCCCGUCUUCCCUCCGUCUCCAGGGACACUCCACACUCCCUUCUCCUGUUUAAAUUGUGAACAUCACAGCAGAACAAAUGAUGCGUCUCUACUGUGCUCAAUGCUGCCCUCUAGCGUAUUUGCUUGGCUUCAUUUCCAUACAUGAAGAGGGUCAAUGACAGGGAACAGGCAGCUAAGCGAGCAGUACGCACACAUAGGCUACAUAUAAUCUGCCGUGCACAAAACAGCAGUAAUAUGUUUGUCCAACCCUGUCAUGGCCUGGCACAAGCACUCUGUCUGCAUGCAUCCGCUAAAGCUACCAUCACUGGGCACUGAAUGUAUCCAAGUACCACAAGUGACUUCUUCUUUUUUAAUUAAAAAACUCACUUAAGGCCCAUAUACUUUUACAUUGCUGUUUCUUCUCAAUGAUGUUAGUAGUGUCCUAUAUGUACAUGUUUUAAAUGCACUUGUUUUAGUUUGUGUUGUCUUAAAAAACAUUGUCAAAACGUGGCCCACAGCUUAACAAUAGGCUUCUACUAUGUACCGCAUCUCGCUAAAGCUACAUAACUGUGCUAUACUGUAACACUACUGUGAAGAGAAUUGUUGCUUAGAACCACUGCAAAGCCUUGAUUUUAAAUAUUGUGACAGCUAAGGGUCAAGUAAUGUUUAGCCACAGUUAGCAUUAGGACAAUUAGUGCUUCCAGUGAGAUUACCCUUCUUUGAGCAAGUCUAUCAAAGUUUCUCCAAGCUUAUUGUUAAGUGUAUCCAUUCGUUUACCUAUUGAAUGAAUAUAAUUGUACAUCUGGUAUCCCACCUUCCCUCUCAAACUGUUUUGUAAAAUUAAAGAUGAAUGAAGAGUGUCUGCAUGUGCAUUAUGUUGUAUUAAGCUCAUCCGAAUGAGAGUUUUCAAGGACAAAGCUGUAAUCAACAAACCAAAAAGCCUUUUUGUGUAAACUAGCUCUGUGUCAUCCAGACAUUUGUUCUCAUGGUUGUUGGUGUGGUAUAACAACCCUUUAAAUCCAAACUUUAGACAUGCCCAUUGUCCCUGUAUGUGUUAUUUGUUAGCUCCCUGAAAAAGUUAUGUUCUUGUCAAAAUGUUAAGCUAACAUAUUGAGUGUCUGAGUUUAGCUGGGAAAAACAUGCCUUUGUGUAAGACUUAUUGCACAAGAAACGCAGUGGAGUAUUUCCGUGAAUCCACUGCUAAUGCUUCCAAAAUUUCUGACUCCAGGCAAACUUGGAUAUUAAACUCAAUAUCAGAGCUGUUCAAAAGAGGAAAUCUUCACCUGCUGUUUUCACUCAAAACUGAGGUGCAAAGGCAAAGAAACUCUUCCAGGUCAGAGUAAAGGUCACAUAAGUUCGCAACCUCUUUGUCCUCUUUUAUGUGAAGGUUAAAACAGACAGGAAGCUUCCUCCAAAUAUCAUGAUGUACCGGGACCAAGUCUGUAGACAACAUUUUAACAAAAUUGUUGUUGUUGAUGUUCCUUGUUUAUUUUAUUGUUUGUUUUUUUUACUGGUGCUGACAUAUAUGUGAUUAUGAGAAAAAUAUAUAAAAGAUAUUGGCUAUUUGUAAAUAUGUUUUUACAGGUUUAAAUACAUCAGAUAAUACAGUCUCUACUCUGUAAAGAAUUUACUGUUUGUUGAAAAUAGAGAAGUAUUUUUAUUUUGAGGUUUGGUUUCACUUUUAACCCAUCUGAGCUAUGCCAUUGCACUUCAGACAAUGUCUUACUACUAAUUUGUAUUGUAAACCUCCUUCUUUUAUGAUUUUUCAUUUGUUUUCUAGUUGAGAUUUGACUCUGGUCUUAAGCAGUGCUUAUUUCUUUUUAUCCUGUACAGAAUUAAAAAGAGAAUUACAAAACCUUUUUUGUUUUGUUUUUCAAAAAGAUACAAUAAACAGAGAGUGUUCUCG